GCAGCCGCAGAAAGUGCGCAGUGCCGGUCCAGCUCUCGGUGCUGCUGACCUCUCCUAGUCCGCUUCUGGAUAUGAGAUGUGUUUUCUCUUAAUUUUGCCUUGAUUUAACACGGCGUUGGACAUUAGUGCAGUGGACGCAGCGGUGAUCGUAACAGAGCAUGUCCACCAUGGUUUACCCACAUGAGGAGAGACUAGAGAAGCUGACGCAGGAGGAGAUCAUCUCCAGCACUAAACUAGUGAUUCAAGGUCUGGAAGCUCUCAAAACCGAGCACAACUCCAUCCUGCAGAGUCUAGUGCAGACCAUCCAAUGCUUAAAGAAAGAUGAGGAGGCCAGUUUGGUUCAUGAAAAGUCCAACCUGCUGCGCAAGUCUGUGGAGAUGAUUGAGCUGGGCCUGGGUGAAGCACAGGUGAUGAUGGCCCUGUCCAACCACCUGAAUGCAGUGGAGUCAGAGAAGCAGAAGCUGCGUGCUCAGGUCCGACGGCUCUGUCAGGAGAACCAGUGGCUGAGAGAUGAGCUAGCCAACACCCAGCAGAAGCUCCAGAAGAGCGAACAGAGCGUCGCACAGCUGGAGGAGGAGAAGAAACAUCUGGAGUUCAUGAACCAGCUCAAGAAAUAUGAUGAUGGCGUCUCACCAGAGGAAGAGAAAAACAGUGAGACUCCCAGAGAUGCCCUGGACGAUUUGUUUCCCAAUGAUGAUGAUGACCAGGUCCCACACCGGCACAACAGCGCCGCUCUUGCUGCCGCUCAGCAGGGUGGCUAUGAGAUCCCAGCCCGCCUCAGGACCCUCCAUAACCUGGUGAUUCAGUACGCCGCUCAGGGCCGCUACGAAGUGGCUGUGCCUCUUUGCAAACAGGCUCUGGAGGACCUGGAGAAAACCUCUGGACACGACCACCCCGAUGUAGCCACCAUGCUCAACAUCCUGGCUCUGGUCUACAGGGACCAGAAUAAAUACAAGGAAGCUGCUCAUCUCCUUAAUGAUGCCCUGUCAAUCAGAGAAAAGACCCUGGGCAAUGACCACCCUGCUGUGGCGGCCACCCUCAAUAACCUGGCGGUCCUGUACGGAAAGAGAGGAAAAUACAAAGAAGCAGAACCACUGUGCAAGAGAGCCUUGGAGAUCAGAGAGAAGGUGUUGGGGCGGGAUCACCCAGACGUGGCCAAGCAACUGAAUAAUCUGGCUCUGCUCUGUCAGAAUCAGGGGAAGUACGAGGAGGUGGAGUAUUAUUACUGCAGGGCUCUGGAUAUCUAUGAGAAAAAACUGGGACCCGAUGAUCCAAAUGUUGCCAAGACCAAAAACAACCUGGCUUCAUGUUAUCUGAAACAGGGCAAGUACAAGGAAGCUGAGAUCCUCUACAAAGAGAUCCUGACGCGCGCUCACGAGAAAGAGUUCGGAUCUGUAGAUGCUGAAAAUAAACCCAUCUGGAUGCAUGCUGAGGAAAGACAAGAGAGCAAAGGGAAGUUGGCAGAUGGGAAUCAUUACGGGGAAUACGGCGGCUGGUACAAAGCCUGCAAGGUGAACAGCUCCACGAUAAACACCACGCUGAGGAACCUGAGCAGCGCUUUGCACCACCAGGGGAAAAUAGAGGCAGCUGAGACCCUGGAGGAGUGUGCCAUGAGGUCCCGCAGACAGGGAGCGGCAGUGGAUCCUCAGAGAGAUGGAGAGAGGCGGAGGAGCACUGCGUCCAUCUCCAGCGUGAAGUAUGACUGCGGCAGCGACGGCGGGGAAGAAGGAAGUGUGGAGUGGAAUGGGGACGGGUCUCUCAGGAGAAGCGGCUCUUUCGGGAAGCUCAGGGAAGUCCUGCGCAGAAGCAGCGAGAUGCUGGUGAAGAAAAUCCAAGGAACCAUGCCACCAGAACCUCGCAACACAAACAUGAAGAGAGCCGCGUCCCUCGGGUAUCUGAACAAUAACGGAGAUGAGGACGACUCUUUUCAGGGUUCGGGAGCAGCGAGGACGUUGAGAAACAGCAGGCCUCUGAGUUCAAGCACAGUGGAGCUGUACAAAAGCACAGACCAAUGAAAACACACACACUUGUGGGCUUCAGGUCUCGUGCGUUUAAUCUUUCGAGUUUACAUGUAUAAAUCACGCAUGUUUGGUUUUCUUCAAGGAAUAGUUCAUCCACUUUCAUUUUUAUGCGGACCACCAAAAACUAAUUUAACUAACAGCUCUUUUUCCGCGUGAAUGGUAAAUAAGCGAAUGCCGUCAAACUCCAAAAACAACAAAAAGCUCCAUGAAAUGAACUUACUUGUGCACUACAUUCUUCCUAAGUGAGACUGCACGGACCAAAAUAUGUUUCCGCCAAGGGAUUAAAAAAUACAAAGGGUACUUGCAACUGUUUUCCUGCAAAUCUCAGCUUACAUUUCACAAUUCUGGGAACACCCAUAGCAGAAAAAAACACUCUGAACUGCAAGAUGUAAAUGUGCAGCUUAUGCAACUUUUUUCUCACGAAUUUUAGAUUAUAUCUCAUAAUUAUGAGAAAACAGAAUUGCAAGAUGUAAAUUCAGAAUUGUGAGAAAAUGUCAGAAUUGCAGAAUAAAACGUCGCAAUUAAUCUUUGUGGAAAAACUGCUGUUCUGAAUUAUUCAGAAGUCCAAGAAAAAAGUCAAAAAUUCAAAAUUUCCCAUGGCGAGAAAAAAUAAACAUUUAAGAUUUUAA